CCCACGCGCCGCCGGCCGCCGCGAACCCUCCUCUCCCUCGCGCCCGCCAUGGCCGCCGCCUCCGCCUGCGGCGGCGCAGGCUGCGGGCCGCACUGCUCCUCCACCUCCGCCGCAGGCGCCGAGGAGGGCGCUCCGGCGGAGAGGAUGGGCCGGCUUUCGAUCGCCGCCGGCGCCACCACCACGUGCGGCAAGUGCGACGGCGGCGGCCCGGCCGUCGCGGUGUCCGGGGGCGCUGGCAUGUGCCGGGAAUGCUUCCGGGCCUACCUGUUCGGGAAGUUCAAGCUUGCCGUCACCAGCAACGCCAUGGUGCGCCCCACCGACGCCGUCCUCCUCGCCUUCUCCGGCGGCCCCGCCUCCAGGGUGGCUCUGCAAUUCAUACACGAGAUGCAGUCCAAGGCAAUCCAGAGCUGGGAGACGAGCAACUUGCAGGCCCUGCCGGCCUUCGGCGUUGGCGUUGGGUUUGUCGACGAGAGUGCCCUUUCAGUGAGGCCAGAACACGAAACUGAGACAGCGACUGAAGAUAUCAAGUCGAUCGUGUCGAGUUUGUCCCCGGGCAAUAAGCAAGUGCAUUUUGCCCCUCUUGAGGACGUGUUCUCAUCCGGAUCAAAAGACAAGGCAGCCAGGCUGAAGGAGGUGCUUGGCAUGAUUGAUGAUGAGACAGGGAGGGACGACUUUGUUCAGUGCUUGCGCAUGCUUUCACUGCAGAAGAUUGCACUGGAAAAUGGCUACACCAAGAUCAUGCUAGGGACAUGCGCUUCUGGAAUAGCAUGUCAUGUGCUAUCUGCCACCGUGAAGGGGCAAGGCUACUCUUUACCAGCUGAUGUCCAAUAUGUCGAUACACGGUGGGAAGUACCUGUGGUUCUUCCACUCCAUGAUUGCCUGGCCCAAGAGCUUAGCUUGCUAUGUGAACUUGAUAGUUUAAAGACGCAGCAACUUCUGGAUAGGCCUUGCAGUGGCAUCAACAGCUUAGUUGCAUCCUUUGUUUCACGGCUAAGGGAAGAGAAUCCUUCUCGAGAGCAUACCAUUUUAAGAACUGCACAAAAGCUUAAGCCAUUCCCUUUUAACAAGUUCUCAGCAAACGGCUAUCAUGAUUUCCUGCCAUCACGGCUUCGUCCCAAGUUUCAUAAUGUUGAUACCAACGAGUCUACUUUCUCAGAGAUUCUCUGCCUGAUAUGUGGAAGCCCGUUCAGUGAAUCGGAACUCCAGAAUUUGGAAAACACGAAGCACAAGGCCCAGAAGAAAAUUGAUCUUUAUACUGCUCAUUGUUGUCAAAGCUGCCAUUUCCAGAUUCUACCAGCUGCUACAGAUACAUAUGCACAUUUCUUUUCACUACUACCGAAGUUUUGGACUGAGAAAGUGGACGCUACAUCUGCCAGCAAUAGCUCACUAAGAGAUCAGAUAGAGGACUACCUGCUGGAAGAAGAUGAUGUAAACUGAAACUAUCACUUUAGUGAACCCAAACUUGUGAGAAAAGUUGCUUGAUUUCAUGAUUAAAGUUGACCCAGUCACGUUUUUUUCUUCAUAUGGUAACACCAGAGUGCUGGUUUAUACUGACACAUGUUUUACUACUGUUUGUCUGUUGUGCAAGAAAGCCAGAAGAGAUCCCUUUCUGAUUGUACCUCACACAUCAUGCAUAAUACCUAUGGAUAGCAAUGUUUCUCUCCAGUACGGCACUGCUUUAUUCAGAUUUGCGAAACAUCCUUACAAUUAUUGUACAUUACCAUUCUUGACUCGGUCCCUGGUAUUCUGUAAUUGAAAUAGUGAUCAGGCAAACCAUCCCGUGCCAGCAAGUUUCCACUGAUUUUAGAAGACAGCAGAGGUUGGAUAGCUGAAGGUUUCCCACUUCCAUGUGAUUUCAUAUUGAUUGGUCUGUACUGUGCUAACUAUUCUGCCAGCAAAGAUUGUACCAAGAUGAAUUUUGGACCUUUCAUUUUCUGUAUAAAUCUUAUAUUUACUUCUGUUGUAAUCUCUUACCCCUUUGUAUUGGAUUCGAAGGAUACUCUUUAGACUAA